UGUUGAUAAAAUGGAAGUCGUAGUGUAUGAGGCAGAAAUUAUGGAGGAUAGAGGAGAUAUUGUUUUAGAUGAGUCUGUCACAACACUUCAACCUUCAAUGGACGAAGAUGUCUUAAAGAGUAGAGUGGAUGUGGUGGAAAAUGGAGAAGAAAUUGUGUUAAAGGAAUCUGUGGAUAAACCAUUGGACGAAGCUGCAUCUCCAUCGGUCCAAUUUACUAAAAAGGGAACUAUACGAAUUCGCAGAAGUAAUUCUUUAAGUGUCAAAGAAAGAAAAGAACGUAAGAUGCAACUAUAUAAAGCAAAGUAUGCACUAACGCCAAUUGUUGAUUGUUGCAAAAAAAAAUGCAUUAGCAAAAUAAAUGAGGGACGACGUAUUGAAAUUAACGCCCAAUAUUUAAAAUUAGGCUGGAAGGAGAGGAAGACAUUUAUCCUCAAUACAUGUGAUCGCAUGCCUGUAAAGAGGAAAAGUGUUGAAGAUGGUGCACGAAAAAACACCUGGAAAUACUUCUUCAGUAAUAAAGACUCAAUCAAGCAGUCCGUGUGCAAGAAGUUUUUCCUAACAACACUAGGAUACAAACCAAAUAAUGACCGUGCAGUAUUUGAGGUCCUUAACAAAACUCCAACUGCCGCAAUAGCCCCAUUAGCUGAUGGACGUGGCAAACAUGUUUCGGAUAGGAAGUAUAAACAUGACGAUUUAAUAGAUGCGCACAUCGAAUCAUUUGAACCAACUGUAUCUCAUUACAGGAGGGAACAUGCUCCUAUUAGAAGAUAUUUGCCAAGUGAUGUGACCAUCACCAUGAUGCACAAUGAUUUUACACACAAAUACCCAGAACAACAAAUAUCAUACGAAUAUUAUAGGUUAGCUAUAAAGAAAAAAAAUAUUUCAUUUGCAACUUUGGGCCAUGAAGAGUGUGAAUUUUGUGAAAAAUUUUGUUUACACGGUCACGAUGCAGAUAAUUUAAAUAAUGAUUGUGAUGAUUGCCAACAAUAUAUUAAUCACAAGAUAAGAUAUGAAGAAGCAAGAGAAUUAUACAAAAAGGAUGCGGAGCUCAAUGAUGGCAGCAUUUUCUCUGUAGAUUUACAGAAAGUCAUCAUGCUGCCACGUUUGGAUGCAUUUAAAAAAGUUAUAUUUACAAAGAGGAUAGUGGCUUACCACGAGAGUUUCGUUCCUCUUGGGAAGAAAGCACAUGGUGUUCCCAUGGCAUGUAUAUGGCAUGAAGGUGUAACUGGGAGGAACAAGGAGGACAUUGUUAGUACAUUUUAUGCUUUUUUUUUGAGGCAGAGGGACUCGAAAAAGAUUACACUUUGGCUCGACAAUUGUUCGAGCCAAAAUAAAAAUUGGUGCCUUCUGUCUUUUUUAGUAUAUAUUGUAAAUAGUGAUGAAGUAGAUAUGGAUGAAAUACAACUAUAAUACUUUGAGCCAGGACAUACAUAUAUGAGUGCCGACAGUUUUCAUCAUCAGGUGGAGCUCUCCAUGAAGAAACAAAAAGUUUACGAUUUUCCUGAUUUUUCCAAAGCUGUACAGAAUGCUAAUAAAGGGAAGGUGGAUGUGAAAGAAAUGACAUUUUCAGAUAUAUACAUGUGGAAAGAUAACAAAUCCCAACAGAAGUUAAAGAAAUCUUCUGAAAAAAUAUAUCUGAAGAACAUUGUAGCAGUGAGAACACGCAGAGGUAAAUUUACAAUGGAAUACAAAACUUCUCAUACGGAGGAGUUUACAAAACAAUUAGACUUCCUCUGUAAGAAAUCAUCAACAAAGAAAAUAUCAAAACCUCCACAGUUGGACAAGCCUCGUGGGGUGGCUCAAGACAAAAUCGAUGAUAUUUUGUCGAAUUUAUCGAGUUUAAUGCCAGCCAGCAGGAGAAUUUUCU